CAGCGCGGCGGGAUCUAUCGAACGUUUCUGAGAAACGUUCGUGAUCAAUAUGUUUACAGAGGAACGUGAUCAUAAAUAAAACAGGAACUACUGCUACAGUCAGCACUGAAGAGGGGUUUAUGACUCAUGCGGCUGAGAACGUGACUGAAACAUCAACAGAAGGAGUUUCUAACAAAAUCACAAUUGACAUGGAUCCUAGAUCCCAGAUCCACCAGUCGAGCCAUUCGAAUUAAGCAGAGGAUGUGAAAAGCCACGAAUUGCGACGACGAGCAGCGAUGGCGUUCUAUUUUUCUCCUGUCACUGGGUUUUUCACAAUUGUCCUGUUGAUAACAUUCUAUUGUGGACGCGAAAUUACUGCCAAAGAGAUCUUCACCAAUUCGUGGGCAGUUGAAGUUCAUGGUCAGCGAGUGGCUAAAGAGAUAGCACUGAAACACGGUCUUAUAUACGAUAAACAUCUUUUUCAGGACUAUCAUGUCUUCACACAUCCUAGAUUAGAAAAACGGUCAGAAAAGACACAAAUAUCUUUACAGGCUGAUGCAAAGUUACAGUCAGAGCCAAAGUCUUGCAUUUUUCAGGUUAAGUGGUUUAUGCACCAGCAGGAGAAAACAUAUAAACUAUUUUCAAUGCUUGUAGAAGAUCGUUUGUUCAGAGAGCAGUGGUACAUUGAGAGACCUAAAAGUUCUAUGGAGCCAACAUAUGGUAUCACCUCUGUUUGGGAAGCAGGUUAUACUGGUAAAGGAAUACUGGUGGCAGUAGUUGAUGAUGGAGUUGAUGGUAGCCAUCCUGAUCUACAAGAAAACUAUGAUUUAUCCAAAAGUUUUGAUUAUGUAGAUGGAACAGAAGCAAAAUUAGGGAAAAAAGUACCAGGUCAUGGAAAUAGAUGUGCUGGAAUCAUUGCUGGAGCAGCAAAUAGGAUAUGUGGGAGGGGAUUGGCUUACAACUCUAAAAUUGCAGGAGUUCAUAUCUUUGAUACCGAUGGAAAGUCAACUGAUGCAAUCGAGGCUAAGUCCUUGGUUCAUGAACUAGAAAGUGUUGACAUUUACUCCAAUAGCUGGGGGCCUGGGGACAUGGGCUUGGAGAUCGAGGAUCCUGGACCAUUGGCCAGUGCAGCCAUAAAACGUGGUAUAGACAAGGGUCGCGGAGGCUUGGGUGCCAUCUACACGUUUGCAGCUGGCAAUGGCGGCCCAACUGGAGACAGCUGUGCAUACAAUGGUUAUGUGAAUAGUAUUUACACCAUCGCUAUUAACGGUGUGAAUGAAGAUGGCACCAAACCAACGUACGCAGAAGAAUGCCCCGGAAUUAUGGCCACUACUUACAGUAGAGAUACGAUCAAUAAAAUCGGAACAGUCGUAACCACCGAUGAAAACGGAGGGUGUGUAAGCGACUUUGGAGCCACGUCAGCGGCUACUGCCAUGGCGUCAGGACUGAUUGCGCUUACUCUGCAAGCAAACGCUAAUUUAACUUGGCGUGACGUGCAACAUAUCAUAGUCCAAAGUGCAAGACCAGCUCCAGGAGUCGCAGGAGUUCUUCUCAAGCGAGGACAUUGGAUAGAAAACAAAGCGGGUUUAUUUGUUAGUAAGGUUUAUGGCUUCGGACUUAUGGACGCUGGAAGGAUGGUCAGCCUAGCGAAGAACUGGACUAGAGUAUCUCCGCAGGAGAGAUGCGAGAUUAAAAGCAAUGAUACGAAUGUUCCUAUCCCAGGUUCAGCUUCAAUGGAAGUGAAGGAUUGCCCGAUAAAAUUCCUGGAACACGUCCAGAUAAAAGUCAAUCUUGAUUUCCUUUACCGCGGAGAUUUGUCCCUACAGUUGAAGGCCCCAAGCGAUACAACAUCUCCAAUGACGCGACAGCGAAAAUUUGAUAAUCUUCUAGGAAUUAAAAAUCUGACGGACUGGGUCAUGACAACUCUAUUUCAUUGGGGAGAAAGUCCUAUAGGAACUUGGGAGCUGAAAAUUUCAGAUUUUGACUUACGAUACCCAAGUACAGGGGUUCUUUAUAGCUGGUCCUUGAUAUUGUAUGGAACGACAAGCACCUCUCCUGUUGAGACGAUCCAUAAACCCCGCCCAACACAGCACACAAGAACAGCACAAAAUUCUACUCUGAAUGGCGAUGAUGACGGUGAUGACAGUAAUGACGGUAAUGACGACGGUGAUGAUGAUGACGAUGUUGUUAUCUUUGCUGUGGUGGGCGUCGUUGGUGCGUUGUCUGUGUCAGGGUUAAUCACUGGCACUGUGAUUGUCCUUCAUCGUAAGAGAAAGAGACGAGAAAAAGUUAAACAAGGACCGAAUAAAACGUGUGGAACAGAAGAGAAAGAAUGUGAAGGAAAGAUUCCAAAACACGAACAAUGUAAUGUGAUAACCAGGAUCUCUGAUCGGAAAGUAACGAGCUCGAGUGAAUUUAUGGUGUGAAUAUUCCUAGACUGACUACCCUUAAGACUUAUCGUCAUUUUCGAGAAUGGCCAAUAUAAUUAUCUAAUAAGGAAUUUUGAAAGUUUGAUUGCUCUGCCAAUUUAUUUUGAUGAAUAUAAGUUAUUUUAGAAGAAUCUAUGUCACUGCAACAGGUUUAAGGUGCUUUUGUAAAAAAUAGAUUGUGGAAACUGCCAUUGUAAAUCAAAACUGAUGCCGAUUUUGUCCUUGAUAUAUUUUAUAAAUGACUUCAGUUUUGUUGGCUGUAUUUACUUUACAAUAGAACCAAAGAAGUCAUGAAAGCUCGCAAAAGUAUGCUCAAUAUUUACUUUGUAUAUCUCUAUUGUAGACGUUAGUGUUGAAUAUAUUUGUACCUUGAAUCCAGUUAGCAAGUUAUUACUUGAUCAGUGUAAAAAAAGAAAAGUUUUUUAUAAAAUAAGGAGGCUCCAGCCCGUAAAAUGGGAAGGACAUUCUGUAGAAGUUUAUGGUUCAGAGUGAAUAAAUUAUGAAGUAUUUGAUUGGUCGAGGGCAUUCAAUCAAUUUACAAUCAAUAUACCGCAGUUGGUAUGAGUUAUGCCAGUUUAGUUAUAUUUUCAAGUUUCCUCGUACCUGUUCUGUUCUGUUUUGUUUUUAAACACGAAACUAUAUUUGUAAUGUA